GCGGGAGGGAGCAGCGGCCCCACCGCGGCCCUUACGGACACGCAGCACGGUGCACUUUCAGCUUGGUCACUGUUUCUUUGCUACUAGAGAAAUGUAGCCCUCAAUUAAAACCCAGUUGUUCCCAGUCCUGGUGGAGCUGUGGAUUGCACAUCCUUCAUCAGCUAAGGUGGUGGAAAGUUAUGUGCGUGUGUGGGACAUUAUCUGAGAAAUGCAACACUGUAUAGUCCAUCGUAUGAUCUGUGUUGUAAAUAAGUCUCAAGAUGGCAGAAUUAUUUAUGGAAUGUGAAGAAGAGGAGCUAGAACCCUGGCAAAAGAGAGUGAGAGAAGUAGAAGAGGAUGAUGAGGACGAUGAUGAUGAUGAGCCAAUCUUUGUUGGGGAAAUCUCCAGCUCAAAACCAGCUACUACGUAUAUAUUGAACAGAGUCAACCUCAGCUCACCACGAAGGGGGAUACAGAAUGGUGCACCCAGUAGAGGUUCAGUCACUGCAUUCAAGUCUGAGAGUCAGCAUUACGUGACGCCUGCCUCCAGCCCCGGUGCCAUGCCCGCCCCAUCAGUCUUUCAGACUGUGCCCAGACCUGUGACCAGCUCGGUGGCAGUUGAGCCCUUGGCUGUAGCAGUGAAUGUUUCAGGAACUUCACAAACACUGCAGAGACCAGUUGCUGGAUGUUUGUCAACACAGCAGAUGCAUGGGUCAAGUUCUGGAAUAACACAGCCUGUUAGCAGACCUGUAGCCAUUCCUGUGACAACACAGCCAGUAUCAAGAAAUAUCACAAUUCCUGUAGUGGCUCAGUCUGUAUCCGGGACAGAGACUACUGCAACAGAACAGCCUGUAAUACUCAAUCAGGAUUAUAUUAUGGAUUCUCCACCAGCUGCACCAGAUAAUACAUCUGGUAUACUGUUUGGUGUGAGACAGAACUCGGGAGUUCCACAGUACCAGACUGGGCCAGCAGUGAAUGUAACAGGGACAAAUGCUGCAUCGAUUAAAAAUGGAGGACCUUUUCCACGUGCUUGUCCAAAAUGUAAUAUACAUUUCAAUCUUAUGGAUCCUCUAAAGAAUCAUAUGAAGUAUUGUUGUCCAGAUAUGAUAAAUAACUUUUUCCCGGGAGUGGUCAAAACAGAGUGUUUGAGCACAACAAGCAAGGCCAUUGAAUCGGAGAAAGGAAAACUGAUUAUGUUAGUUAAUGACUUUUAUUAUGGGAAGGAUGAAGGUGAUCUCCAGCAAGUACAACAGGAGCAGAAGACUCAUACAACAUUUAAAUGCAUUAGUUGUCUGAAAGUUCUUAAAAAUAACAUAAGGUUUAUGAACCACAUGAAACAUCACUUGGAGCUUGAGAAGCAGAGCAAUGAAAGUUGGGAAAGCCACACCACCUGCCAGCACUGUUACCGCCAGUUCCCCACGCCGUUCCAGCUGCAGUGCCACAUCGAGAGCACACACACGCCUUACGAGUCGUCCACGAUCUGUAAAAUCUGUGAACUAUCAUUUGAAACAGAGCAAGUUCUUUUGCAACAUAUGAAGGACAAUCAUAAGCCAGGUGAAAUGCCGUAUGUCUGCCAGGUGUGCAGCUACAGAUCCUCGGCUUUUUCGGAUGUAGAAACACAUUUUAGAACGGUUCAUGAAAACACAAAACAUUUGCUAUGCCCAUUUUGCCUCAAAGUUAUUAAAAUUGGAGCACCAUAUAUGCAUCAUUACAUGAGGCAUCAGAAAAAGGGAAUAUACCGUUGCACUAAAUGCAGACUGCAAUUUUUAACAUGCAAAGAAAAAAUGGAUCACAAGACUCAGCAUCACCGAACAUUUAGGAAACCCAAGCAAUUAGAAGGCUUGCCUCCUGGAACAAAGGUGACUAUUCGAGCAUCUUUGGGAUCUCAUCAGUCAGGAUCAUCAGCUGUAUCUUCUGUUAGUACAAGCAGUUCCACAUUUCAGUUAUCACCUAAAGCUAAAAAUGCAACCACUAAAAAUCAUAACAAAUCUAAUACAAAUAAGUCAAGAGGAAAAUCAAAACAGUCUACAUCAAGGAAACAAAAUGCAUGGACGAACAGCAGAAAAAAAAAAGACCCUACAAAUAUAGCAUUUCCUAAUCUAAGGCAUCGCCUGGGAUCUCACAAAUGCAUUGAGUGUUUCUCAGAAAUAAAAGAUUUUGCAAGUCACUUUCCUGCUUACGUCCACUGUAGUUUAUGCAGAUACAGCACCAGCUGUAGCAAAGCCUAUGUGAAUCACAUGAUGAGUUUUCACAGUGCUCGUCCAAGUAAAAGAUUUUGGAUCUUUAAGAAGCAUUCAGAAAAGCUACGAGGUGUGACUGUAGUGUGUCUUAACUGUGAUUUCCUGGCUGAUGUUUCUGGCUUGGAUAACAUGGCCACACAUCUGAGUGAGAACCAGACUCAUACUUGUCAAGUUAUUGUAGAGAAAGAUAAUGCAACUGCUGCACAAGUGUCUCAAAAAUUUCAAGACCUAGUUUAUCUGAAGGAAAAACAGAAACACCAACUUUUGAAAGGUAAAUACAAUGAUCAGCUGCAUCUUGAAAUCAGGUACAUAAAAUAACACAUGCUGUGUUAUUUAUCAGGUAACUGGGCAAAAAAUGUUUGAUUAGUAUUUUCAUAACGUUUCCUAUGGCAGAAAAUGUUCAAUGGCAGUUGUAAGGUACUUUCUCAAUAAGACAUGGAGAAUUUAGGUUCCAAGUGUCAAAACACAUUGUAAGUAAUGCUUAAACAGCAAAUUAGUCAAAAUUUAUAGGAUAUUAGAUAAAUUGACCAGAUGGUUAAAAUAAACUUUAAUCAUAUUGUCUGUAAGUUAACAGUAUUACUGGGGCAGUUGGGAAACAAUUUUAAAACACAGUAUAAAAUGUUAAUUCUUGUCUAUUUCUCUAGGUCUUUAAAAACCUGUGUCUUUUAUGGAAAGCAUACUCAAACAAUUCUUAGCAGAGCAAAUAUGUGCAGUUGUUGAUUAACUAAUAAUUACAGCUCUACACUUAAGUUAUGUCAGUCUGGGGAAAGAAUUGAAAUUUUACACCUUUUAUUGGCACAUAUUGUGGAUAGACUUGUACUUCCUAUUACUCCAGAUUCAACAGCCUGAAAUAUAUUAUCCCAGUUAGUGAUCUUUCACAACUGUUGGUACAAAUUUCACCUUUACAAACUUAGUCAAAACUUGAUUGUGAUUUGUUAUAUAGGCAUUUAUAGUGCCUCUAAAGAAAAAAAAAAAAAGGCUAACUGCUUUCAGAGUAACUCUGUCUGCUCCAUCACUUUAUUCUGUCAUACACAGUGUGGAUCAAAUUAUUUGGAAUUCUGCCUUCACUUGAAAUGCUUGCUUAAUAAUUGAGACUAAGUGGUUCAGGUGAUAGAAGUUAUUUCUGUCUUUAGGCUAUGGAUUAGUAAAUGGUCACUGUAAUUCUAGUUGAUUAUGAUAUACUACUCUUCCUAUCCUUGUGUCUAAGUAGACAGAAAUAAUUUAAAUAUAUAAAUCUCUUCUGUGAUUUCUGAUGGAAACUUUUCACUGUUUCAUAGCCUUUAAGACAGACUUUUGCAGUCUUGUAGCUCUAGCACUGGAGAUUCUCAGUCCUCACACUUUUCUCUCAUAUUAACCCAGGGUAGUUAUGUUGAUAUUAUCAAUAAAUUAGUGCCUCAGGAGCAGAUCAGUAGAUGAAAGCAGCUGGCACUGCAAAUGCUGCAUCUUGUCACUGCUUUGAGGCUCAGUGAUGUUAUUUUAGAGCAGAUUCAGGUUGUCUGGACACUGCUCAUGCUGUGCACUCGUGCAGAGCUGCCUGCAACAUCCCACGUUGGUUUGGGCUCUGGAGGACUCAGCUCCAUUAGGGGUUGGAGCACUUGGGGAUCAGAGCUUCCCGUUCAUUUUCCUCAAAAAAAGAAAUGUAGUUUGCAUGCCCCAGUACUGCCUUGUAAACCAGACUGUUUGUGUGGGAGCAAUAAGGAAUUAAUCACACCAAACUGUUAAUGUAAAUGCAGCUGUAAUACAAGUUUUGGUACCUGGAGAAUCCUUUGCCACAGUCUGAAGAGAGUGUUUGCACACACUUUGCGAUUACUCUGUAUGCUGAUGUGUAAAUGUCACUUGUUUUAUAGGGUUGGGGUUUUUUCUUCCUUGCUGUAGGAUUUUUCCCUGAACUGUUUUUAAAAUCCUAAUAUGAAACAACCAACAUAAUAAAAUACUCUAAAUAAUGCAGCAAAAAAGCUUGAGUUAGUAGGAUUUUGAAACAUCAGGUAAUAAAAGCCUAGCUUUCCUCUGCCUCACUUGGCACCAAAAUCUUGCAUUUUCUGAACAAUGAGAAAAAAGAAAACGAAAUUGCUUUUAUUUUUAAGCUUCUGUAUCCUGAUGUGGGUGUGUUUGUACUUGGCAGACUCAUCUCUCACAUUCAGAGCUGUGGUUUGUGCUGCUGCCUUGGAGUGGUCUUAUUGUAAACCCUGAUUUCAGAUGGACUCUGUGGCCAGCAGUUCAUUAAUAUAUCCCAUACUUGGUGAUCAGGUCAUGAACCAGGACUCAUUGGUUUCAUUAAACCAAUUAUUGAAGUAGUCAGCUUUUAAACUCCAACUGUUCACUGACAUCCCCUUUUCUGUCUAAUACAGCUGUUAAUAUUUUCUCACAUGCUAUUCUAUUUUUGUGGCUGAAUUUUUAGUUUUCUUACACUGUAACCAGUCCUAUUGGCACACAUAAUACUAAGAGUACCUUUAGUUGCUAGUACUGGAUAGAAGACUUUUCUUUUUCAACUACUGACAUACUAACAGAAUGAAUUCUUGAACUAUUAUAUGAUUUUUCAUUUAGUGUGGUAUUUUAGAUAAUCAUAAUUGCUAGGGUCUGUUGAUUCAUCUGCAGCUCACUGCAGAGGCAAAUUAUUUCUUUGGAGAAGUGUUCUAUGUAAAGGAACUUAUUGUUGUGCUUAGCAAUCUGAAAGAUCAUUGUUGUUUGUGAAUGAUUGUUUUUAUGAUGUGAUUGUUGCACAACCAUAUGUGUCUAUGUAUUUCUUUCCUUCCCCUACCACUUGUUCCUCCCUGUGUUUUGCCAAAAGAGUGAGAAAAAGGGGCUGGGUGGAUGAAGCUGGGAUUUUGGUUGCUAGAAAUUGAAGAUUGUGAUCAGUUUUAUAUGUUAAGGGCAUAUUUGUCCUUGGAGGAGUUUCUUGAUGUGAAUUUUGUCUCUGUGUGUAUACACAUGCAUGUAUUCCAUCUGGGUUUUUCAGUGUGGAAACACUGUUCCUUGUGGGACAAUUAGUUAUUAGGCAUCCCUUUAUUUAAAACAUUUUUUGUUUCUUUUUGCGUAUCUAUGUUCAAAACUUUCCACAUAAAACAUAAUACUGUGCCUGUUAGCUCUGCAGCUACAUCUUACCCUCAAGCUGCUUGUUGAAAAAUAGCAGCUAAAGGUCUUAUGUGUGUGCAGUGUUUCAUGAAGAGUUGACUAGAUUUUCAUAUGAAAACAAUUCUAAAUAUUGAACUUGUGUUUAUAUGGCUCUGUAUAAUGUAAGUGUUUCUCUGCAAUAGAUGAAGAAAUCAGGAACAGUUAUGACAAACCAGUUAUGUUAGCCUCAACUGAGGGGUGCUUCUGAGCAUUGGCUUUUGUACUGGAACUUAGUCUUGAGUUUUCCCUCCAAUAUUACCUUUUUUUUUUCCCUUUUCUUUCUAGACAUUUGAGAGACAAGAGCUUGGAUAGAUAAAUUGUAUAUUAGAGAAUGUCAUCUACUCUUUAGCUA